AUGGGGAAGAACAAACUCCUUCAUCCAAAUCUUAUUCUCCUCCUUCUGAUCUUCCUGCCUGCAGAUGCCUCAGUCCCUGGAAAACUGCAGUACAUGGCCCUGGUCCCCUCCCUGCUCCACACCGAGACCCCUGAGAAGGGUUGCAUCCUUCUGAGCUACCUGGAUGAGACAGUGACUGUAAGUGCUUCCUUGGAGUCCCUCAGGGGAAACCAGAGCCUCUUCACUGACCUGGUGGCGGAGAAGGAUUUAUUCCACUGCGUCUCCUUCACUGUCCCAAGGUCUCCAUCCAAUGAGGAGGUCAUGUUCCUCACUGUCCAAGUGAAAGGACCAACCCAAGAAUUCAAGAAGCGGACCACAGUCGUGGUUAAAAAUGAAGAGAGUCUGGUCUUCGUCCAGACAGACAAAGCCAUCUACAAACCAGGGCAAACAGUGAAGUUUCGUGUUGUCUCAUUGGAUGGAAAUUUUCACCCCCUGAGUGAGUUGAUUCCACUUGUAUUCAUUCAGGACCCGAAAGGAAAUCGUAUCGCACAAUGGCAGAAACUCAAGUUAGCGAGUGGUCUCACGCAACUGGCCUUUCCCCUCUCAUCAGAGCCCAUCCAGGGCUCUUACAAGGUGGUGGUACAGAAAGAAUCAGGUGGAAGAACGGAGCACCCCUUCGCCGUGGAGGAAUUUGUUCUCCCCAAGUUUGAAGUCCAAGUAACAAUGCCAAAGAUAAUCACUAUCUUGGAAGAAGAGGUGAAUGUGUCAGUAUGUGGCCUAUACACAUACGGGAAGCCUGUCCAAGGACAUCUGACUAUGAGCAUGUGCAGAAAGUACAGUAACCCUUCUAACUGCUAUAGUGGAGAGUCACAGGCCAUCUGUGAGAAAUUCAGUCAACAGCUAAACAGCCAGGGCUGCUUUUCUCAACAAAUAAAAACCAAGAUCUUCCAGAUGAAGAGACAAGGGUAUGAAAUGAAGCUUGAAGUGGAGGCCAAGAUCCAAGAAGAAGGAACAGAGGUAGAAUUAACUGGAAAAGGAUCCAGUGAAAUAACAAGAACCAUAACCAAACUCUCAUUUGUGAAAGUGGACCCAUACUUUAGACAAGGGAUCCCCUUCUUUGGGCAGGUGCAACUAGUGGAUGGGAAAGGUGUCCCCAUGCCAAAUGAACUCAUCUUCAUCACAGCAAAUGAAGCUAACUAUAAAUCCAAUGCGACCACUGAUGAGCAUGGCCUGGUACAGUUCUCUAUCGACCCCACCAGCGUGAUGGGCACCUCUCUCACUGUCAGGGUCAAAUACAAGGAUCAGAGUCCCUGUUAUGGCUAUCAAUGGCUGUCAGCAGAAAACGAAGAAGCUUAUCACACUGCGAACCUUGUAUUCUCCCUAAGCAAGAGUUUUGUCCACCUAGAGCCCAUGCCUCAUGAACUGCCCUGUGGCCAAACUCAGACAGUCCAAGCACAUUAUAUCCUGAAUGGACACGCCCUGGAGACGCUGAAGGAGCUCGUGUUCUAUUAUCUGAUAAUGGCAAAGGGAGGCAUUGUCCGAACUGGGACCUAUGUGCUGCCCGUGAAGCAGGAAGAUAUGAAAGGCCACUUUUCGGUGUCAGUCCCUGUGGACACAGACAUUGCUCCCAUCGCCCGAUUGCUCAUCUACGCCAUUUUACCUGACGGGGAAGUGGUUGGGGAUUCUGCAAAAUAUAAGAUUGAAAACUGUCUGUCCAACAAGGUGGACUUGAGCUUCCGUCCAGCACAAAGUCUCCCGGCCUCACACGUCCACCUGCGAGUCUCAGCUUCUCCUCAGUCCCUCUGCGCCCUCCGUGCCGUGGACCAAAGUGUGCUGCUCAUGAGGCCCGAGGCUGAGCUGUCCGUGGCCUCGGUUUAUAACCUGCUACCAGUGAAGGACCUCACUGGUUUCCCUGCGAGUUUGAAUCAACGGGAGGAAGAUGAUGAAGACUGUGUCAAUAGCCGUAAUGUCUUCAUCAAUGGAAUCAUGUAUUCGCCUGUAUCAAACACAAAUGAAAAAGAUAUGUAUAGCUUCCUACAGGAUAUGGGCUUAAAGGUAUUCACCAACACAAGGAUUCAUAAACCCAAAGUAUGCUCACCACCUGAACCCUAUGCAAUGCAGUCAUCUCGAAGACUAUUCGCUUCUCCAGCCAUAUCUGAAUUGCAAAGAGGCCAGGAGCUUACAGAAAUGGCACACGUUUCAGAGGCGUUCACCGAGACUGUGAGAAAGUAUUUCCCUGAGACGUGGAUCUGGGACUUGGUGGCCGUAGACGCAUCAGGUGUGGCUGAAGUGGGAGUAAUAGUCCCUGACACCAUCACGGAAUGGAAGGCAGGGGCCCUCUGUCUGUCCAAUGACACUGGGCUUGGUCUCUCGCUUCCCGCCUCCCUCCGCGCCUUCCAGCCCUUCUUUGUGGAGCUCACAAUGCCCUACUCUGUGAUCCGCGGAGAGACCUUCACGCUCAAGGCCACUGUCCUAAACUACCUUUCCAAUUGCAUCUGGGUUAACGUGCAGCUAGACGAAUCUCCUGCAUUCCUAGUCCAGGAGAAGAAACAAGAGUCUCACUGCAUCUGUGGGAAUGGCCGGCAAACUUUGUCCUGGGCAAUAACACCAAAGGCAUUAGGAAAUGUGAACUUCACCGUGAGCGCAGAGGCACUGGAGUCUCAAGAGCCAUGUGGGAUCGAGGUGACUGUGGUCCCUGAAUACGGAAAGAAAGACACAAUCAUCAAGUCUCUGCUGGUUGAACCUGAAGGACUAGAGAAGGAAGCAACAUUCAACUCCCUGCUCUGUCCACCAGGUAAGAAUACCGGAGUGUCUGAACAAUUAUCUCUGAAGCUGCCACAGAACGUGGUAGAAGAAUCUGCCCGAGCCUCCAUCUCGGUAUUGGGAGACAUCUUGGGCUCUGCCAUGCAAAAUAUACAAAAUCUCCUCCAAAUGCCCUAUGGCUGUGGAGAACAGAAUAUGGUCCUCUUUGCUCCUAACAUCUAUGUUCUGAAUUAUCUAAAUAAGACACAACAGCUGACUCCAGAGGUCAAGUCCAAGGCCAUUGGCUACCUCAAUACCGGUUACCAGAGACAGCUGACCUAUAAGCACCAUGAUGGCUCCUAUAGCACCUUUGGGGAGAAAUAUGGCAGGAAUGAGGGCAAUACCUGGCUUACCGCCUUUGUACUGAAGACUUUUGCCCAGGCUCGAGCCUACAUCUUCAUUGAUGAAGCACACAUCACCCAAGCCCUCACCUGGCUCUCCCAAAAGCAGAAGGACAAUGGCUGUUUCAGGAGCUCUGGGUCUCUGCUCAACAAUGCCAUUAAGGGUGGAGUGGAAGACGAAGUGACCCUUUCUGCCUACAUCACCAUUGCCCUUCUGGAGAUUCCUCUCCCCGCCACUGUAGACAAUUCCGUCCACUGGGAGCGACCUCAGAAACCCAAGGCACCAGUGGGGCAUCUUUAUCAGCCCCAGGCUCCCUCAGCUGAGGUGGAGAUGACGUCCUACGUGCUCCUCGCUCACCUCACGGCCCAGCCCAGCCCGACCUCCGAGGACCUGACUUUGGACACGGGCAUUGUGAGCUGGAUCCUAAAGCAACAGAAUGCCCACGGGGGCUUCUCGUCCACCCAGGACACAGUGGUGGCUCUCCAUGCCUUGUCCAAGUAUGGGGAAGCCACUUUCACCGGAACUGGGAAGCCUGCACAGGUGACCAUCCAAUACUCAGGGACGGUUUUCGAAAAAUUCCAAGUGGACAGCAACAACCGCCUGUUACUGCAGCGGACUUCAUUGCCAAAGGUGCCGGGAGAAUACACCAUGACGGUGACCGGAGAAGGAUGUGUCUACCUCCAGACAUCCUUGAAAUACAAUAUUGUGCCAGAAAAGGAAGAGUCCCCGUUUGCUUUGGAUGUACAGACUGUGCCCCAAACCUGUGAUGGACCCAAAGCCCACACCAGCUUCCAGAUCUCACUGAAUGUCAGUUACACCGGGAGCCGUCCCACCACCAACAUGGUGAUUACUGAUGUGAAGAUGCUAUCUGGCUUCAUUCCCCUGAAACCAACAGUGAAAAUGCUUGAAAGAUCUAACCGCGUGAGCCGAACAGAAGUCAGCAACAACCAUGUUUUGAUUUAUCUGGAUAAGGUGACCAAUGAGACACUGAGCUUGUCCUUCAUGGUUCUGCAAGAUAUCCCAGUGAGAGAUCUGAAGCCAGCCAUAGUGAAAGUCUACGAUUACUAUGAGACAGAUGAGUUUGCAAUUGCUGAGUACAGUGCCCCUUGCAGCAAAGUAUUGAAAUCAUUUAUUGUGUGGCUAGAGGAGCAGAAACUUCAAGAGUUUGUGGAGAUCUCUGGAAUAAUCCUAGGAGUCUUGACAGAAGCUUGGAUGUUUUCUGAUCUGUAUAAAAGGAGAAUAUUAUCAGCCUCCACAAGCGUGUGUGAGGAUGAAAAGCCAAAGGUCCUCCACAUAACGGACCUCACUGGGCACAGCGGUGCCGACCGGAACCAGCAGUCACUUCCGGUUCAUCUGCGAAACGGGCCUAGAAACAGCGACUACCUCACGAGACGGCUGCGAGCAGUUACCAAUCAGACCCUGAGCUUUUCCUUCAUACUUCAACAAGCCAUCCCCGUAAGAGACCUGAAACCUGCUGUCGUGAAAGUCUACGAUUAUGACGAGACAGAUGAGGCAGUUUUUGUUGAAUACAGUGUCCCCUGCAACACAGGGAAGCAGUUCACAUUCCAUGUAUCCAGGCUUCAUUUUGCUCUCAAAGCCAGUCCUCCUUAA